CUUCGUUUACAUCAACAAGAAUCUCUCCCCUUCAUUUGCUUUGCUUAGCUGCUUCAUGUACCGUCUCUCUCACGGAGUACUGUACUCUCUUCCUCGACUCGACUAUGCUAUCACAAACUAGUCUAGAACUCCAAAUUUCACAUUUGCUAGAUAAGUUCAGACUAUGAGAGAUGGGUUUUCUCCGGCGACUUUUUGGCUCCAAGAAGCAGCCGAGCCAAGCCUCGGCGGAGUCCAAGGAUAGGAGGAAGUGGAGCUUCGCCAGAUCUUCCUAUGCAACGCCUUCUCAGCACACUAACAAUCGCGGGGCCGCGUUGUGCUCCUAUGAUGGCGCUCUGGAUGCCAAUAAGCACGCGAUAGCAGUUGCGGCUGCAACAGCUGCCGUUGCGGAGGCGGCUCUCGCGGCGGCCCAGGCGGCUGCGGAGGUUGUGAGGCUCACGAGCAGUAACGGUGGGGGGCGUGCAGCCUCAUCUGCGGGGAACGUUAUCGGGAGUCAUCGUACGAGGAAGGAGGAAGCGGCGGCGGUCAAGAUACAAUCCGCAUUUCGUGGUUAUCUGGCUAGGAGGGCACUGAGGGCACUGAAAGCUCUUGUGAAGCUUCAAGCCUUAGUAAGAGGCCACAUUGUGAGAAAAAAAACGGCAGACAUGCUUCGGCGCAUGCAAACAUUAGUCAAAGUCCAGGCUCGAGCUCGUGCUAGUCGUGCUUAUAUUUCUGAAUCUCUGUAUUUUACUAACAAGUCCUCUCGCUCAAUCUUGAAGGUCCCGGGUAGUCAUGACAAUUAUGAUAAUCGAUUGCGUGCUUGUAGUACUAAAUUUGAUGGCUCAUCGAUCUCAAAGAGAUGCGGAUCAAAUUCAAUAUAUAGGGACUUAAAUGACCUUGAGAAAGCAAGAUUGGAUGCAAAUUGGCUAGAGCAUUGGAUGGAGGAAAGUUUUUGGAAUGAGCAUAGAGACACUCGACUGAGAAAUCAACAUGCUGACGAUGAGGAGUGCGAUAAGAUCCUAGAAGUAGAUACUUGGAAACCCCACUUGAAAUCCCAGCAAAGUAACAGAAGCUUCCACACCUCACACUCAAUUUCUGACUAUACCAAUCAGAGCUUUAUGACAGUCGACUCUCCAUCAAAAUUAUCAAUGAAAGCACAAAACCGAAUCACAAGUUUACGUCCUGCAGAAUCUUUAUCGUUUAGCUCCCUGAAAUUCCCCAUUGGGAAGGAAGAGGUGGCUGUUAGGACUGCUGAGAACAGCCCCCAAAUGUUCUCUGCAUCGUCGAAACCGGGAAGUAGUAGCGCGAGAAGAGGCCCUUUCACUCCGACGAGGAGUGAGUGCUCUUGGGGCUUCUUCAAUGGGUACUCAGGCUACCCGAACUACAUGGCAAACACGGAAUCCUCGGGAGCUAAGGUUAGGUCACAAAGUGCUCCAAGGCAAAGACACGAGUUUGAGAAACAUGGAUCAAGUCGAAUAUCUCUUCAGGGGCUAUGGGAAACAAGCAGUAAUUCAGAAAGAGGUUUCCCUCAACAUAUUGACUGUAGGAACAGAGCUUCUCCAGCAUCUGGUCACUUAAACAGGCUAAGGAGUUCCAAUAUGAGGUAACAGUAGUUGUUGAGCUCUGGUUUUCUAUCGUUUUCAAUUCAAAACUGUGUGAGUGUGCAAUUGUUGCGAUUAUUUGAACACGAACUCGUGAACGUCGUCUUUACAAAAUCAAUUUAGUGUUGCAAUGAUGAUUGGCAUUGUAGUUGUAUAUAUACAGUUCUGUGUAACUAGCGUUCUAACAACUAGAAUUUUCAUAUUAUUAUAGUC